CAACUUGUGUUUGGUGUCUUGCUUUCUCUGGUUCAGAAGAAGAAGAAGAACUUUUCUGUUUUGGUUGGUUUCACAGCAAACAUGUGUGGAGGUGCUAUCAUUUCCGACUUCAUCGAGGCCAAGCGUGGCCGGAAGCUUACCGCUCAGGAUCUCUGGUCUGACCUUGACACCAUCUCUGACCUCCUUGGCUUGGACUACUCUUCCGGAAACAACGCACAAGUUAUCCACCACAAGCAAGCUCAAAAGCCAAAGGUUGACCCUAUUCCAGCCACCAAAGCAGUUGCAGUGUCGACUGAGAUCAAGGAGAAGAAGAAGAAAAGUGCGGAUGGGAAGAAGACGAGAGUGAGGAAGAACAUGUAUAGAGGAAUAAGGCAGCGGCCAUGGGGCAAAUGGGCGGCGGAGAUCCGCGACCCUUACAAAGGCGUCCGUGUCUGGCUCGGAACCUUCAACACACCUGAGGAAGCAGCUCUCGCCUACGACGAAGCUGCCAAGCGCAUCCGCGGAGGCAAGGCCAAGCUCAACUUCCCAGCUCCUGUUCCUGUUCCGGCACAGCCCCAACCGCCUUCAAAGAAGCGGUGCAUGGGGAUAGAGCCUUAUGAUCCAUUCGAAAAUGAUUUCUACUGUAAAAGUGAGACUACUACUGACCAUCAUAACCAUGAAUAUGACCUAAAAGAGCAAAUCUCGAGCUUGGAGAAGAUCCUGGGGCUGGAUGAGCCGGUGACGCCGAAUGAGGUGACGAGUGGACUCGGAAUGGGUGAGCCGGACUCGGUGGACAUGUGGAUGCUGGACGACAUGGUCACACAUCACCAGCAGCAAGGCCAUGAUCAUCAUCUCAUAUAUUAGUAGGG